GGCCGGGCUAUCCCAGCUGAAGCGCCGCCCGUCGAGCGCGUGGUGCGUCCGUGUGGAGCCGGUUAGCCCGCCCGGUAACAGGGCCCGAACGGAGCCCGCCAACCAUUCAUUCCUUCCCUUGAGAACUUAUGGAGAGAGUCUUGGGCACCAUGGAGCAGUGCUGAGCUGACAAGUGGUGGUGAGAGGCCACGCUGGGUGCCGAGAGAGUGGGCUCAUGGCGGUUUGUCGUGGGCAGAUGGCGGCGUUCCACGGGAUGGGGCCCGGGGCCUCGGCGCCGCCUCAGCCGGCGUUUUUCCCAACGGCCGCGGCGGCAUCCGCUGCGCAGGGACACGGCCAGGCUCGAGGCCAGGCCGACGUCGAACCCGACCGGCCGAUCGGAUAUGGAGCCUUUGGUGUGGUUUGGUCUGUAACAGACCCUCGAGACGGAAAGCGAGUGGCCCUCAAGAAGAUGCCCAAUGUCUUCCAAAACCUAGUAUCCUGCAAGCGCGUCUUCAGGGAACUUAGAAUGCUCUGCUUCUUCAAGCAUGACAAUGUCUUGUCAGCACUGGACAUCUUGCAACCUCCUCCUCUCAACUUCUUCGAAGAAAUUUAUGUAGUUACUGAACUGCUCCAGAGUGACCUGCACAAGAUCAUCGUCUCCCCGCAGCCCCUCAGCUCCGAUCAUGUCAAGGUCUUCCUGUACCAGAUACUCAGAGGUCUGAAGUACCUCCACUCUGCAGGCAUCUUACACAGGGACAUCAAGCCUGGGAACCUGCUGGUCAACAGUAACUGUAUUCUUAAGAUUUGCGACUUUGGGCUGGCGCGGACGGAGGAGCCCGACGAGUACAAGCACAUGACGCAGGAGGUCGUGACCCAGUACUACCGCUCGCCCGAGCUCCUGAUGGGGACCAAACACUACAGCCAGUCCAUCGAUGUUUGGUCGGUGGGGUGCAUCUUCGCCGAGCUGCUGGGACGACGCAUCCUGUUCCAAGCACAGAGUCCCAUCCAGCAGCUGGAGCUGAUCACAGACUUGCUGGGGACUCCGUCGUUGGAAGACAUGAGGACUGCUUGUGACGGAGCCAAGGCCCACAUGCUUCGGCAGGCCCACAAGCCGCCGGCCCUGGCCUCCCUGUACACCCUGUCCAGUCAGGCCACCCACGAAGCUGUGCACCUCCUCUGUAGGAUGCUGGUCUUCAACCCAGACAAGCGUAUAUCGUGUGCCGACGCCCUGACCCACCCGUACCUGGACGAGGGACGUCUGCGCUACCACACAUGCAUGUGCAAAUGCUGCUAUAACACCCCUCAGGGGCGCCAGUAUACCUCAGACUUCGAGCCUAUCUCUCGCCAGCUGUUUGACUGCACAUGGGAGGACAGCCUGCACUCCGUACAUAUGGUCAAAGAGGAACUGCACAGGUUCAUAGGUGAACGACAACGUGGAAACAAGGUGCCUCUGUGUAUCAACCCCCAAUCAGCAGCCUUCAAGAGUUUUGCCACCUUGAAGACCAGAUGAUCAACACGGGCAAGAUUUUCGGUCCUCAGUUGCCCAGCCGGCAGAACUUCCGCCAUCACCAGUAGCCUGGGAGUGACGCAUCCCCCUGCACUCAAUGUGGAACAGUCCAGCCCAGCAUCACAUGCCCCCCUCCCACCCCUACCCACAUGCUUCCAUUGGAACACAGUGCCAACCACCAUGCCCAAACAUCAACCAUGAUGAUCAACUCUCCUUUAUGGAAGUCACUUAAUAGAAAUUUUAGAUGAGGUAUUAGAACUAUUACCUGCUAAGCAUUGUAUAUAUCCCUUUUCCCAUGUUGUUGUAAUGCCACAGACAUGUGCCUGUGUAAAAUUGGUAGGAGAGAAAGAGAUGAUAGUUAUCAGAAAGGUGGCUGUAUCCUCUUUCUCAGAUCAGGACCAUCAUACUCUUUUUUAGACUGAUUUGACCCAACUGCCGAAUCUAGCUACAGGCAUGGGUACGUUUGCAGUAAGACUUUAUGAAACAUUUCCCAUAUUUGCUGAAGAUUGAAGAAGAUUGACCAGAAACCAGACAGAUGUGGGCAAACUGAAGUGACGACAUGUUGCAGUGCAGAGAUGUGUACAAACCAGCUAGGAACGUUCAAACACGAGCCAGGAGGCACACGUCUGCAGCAAACUGUGUUGCGCUGACAUGUCAUCUUUGUUUUCUCGAUUUCAAAUGGUGCUUUAAAUUGAGAUAGUCAGAUUUUUUUCUGUUUGUAUGUAAACCAUGACUGUAUUGUAACAGCCAUUGGGGUUAUUCUGUCGGAAGUACAGCCCCAUUUGUAAGUUAUUGUAAGUUAGCCUUGAGGUAGUUUUUUUAUCAAUGCACCUUGUGGUGGCAAUUUUUAGAGGGAGUGAGUUCCCAAUGCAGGGUAUGGUGCAAACUGAGUCGUAAUCAUGCUACAAUAGCCCACAUCUUUUGCAAAACAACUGAACUGUGAAGAAAAAAUGUUGUCAAAGCUACGUUACAUUGUACAAAAGUCUUGAUUAGCAAGGUCAGUUGUAAUUCUCAAGCACCAGAGUAUUAUAUGCUAGAAUGUACAUUUGAACACAAAAACAGGAACUAGUGCUUCAUGGGUUUGCCUUUGUACAAGAACAAAUGCUCAGUGUUCUUUGCAUGUCUGAGAGCAGGUAUACAUGGACCACUAAACACUUUGGUUGUCCUAUUGCUAAGGUGUUGUAAUCUGAUACCCCUGACAUGGCCGCUACAGUCUGAGAACUUGACUGCUCACAUGAUCAAAAGAGAUGGGUUACGUUGUGCAACACGUUGCCAGUAUUUUGAGACCAACAUAAACGUGACAUACUCAAAUGUCACUUCCUAAAAUGGUGGCAACGAAAGCUGCCAUUUUACAUGGCUCUUGUGGAGUGUUCAUAUUGGACAUAUGCACUACUUUGGAGCACAGCAGUCAUGCACAGGGGUAUCAGAUGAAUUACUGGAAACAUAGGGAACUCCACAUAAUCUAUUUCUUCAUGUUAUCUGAUGUGACUGCAACAUAGAGCCAUCUGGAUUGUGAGAAGAGCCAUGCCUAUUGCCAACCCUAAACUAUGCAUGUGUUCCUCCCCUCUUACAAACAACCUUGCACAAAGAAACAGCCAGUGAAAGAUAUUGUACAAAGUUAUGCUUCUUUUUAAGCAAUAAGGUAUGGGAAUAUCCUGCCCCAGUAGAGAUGAUGUUCUUCUGCCAUGUAGAUAGGACUAAAAUGUACAUCCAAAUAGGCAGGAGAAGGGAUGUUCUUAGACUUUACUCUCUUAGCAUUGAACCAGUGUUACUAGCAUGUUGUAGAUGUUACAGUACCAUUAUAGUUGUCACAUAAACACCUGUAAAUUCCUCGUGAAGUGUGAUAGUGUUUAGCUAGGCUGAUGCUUUUAUUUCUUUGUUAGAUUUUAUAAAUGCAGCACAUAGUUGUGAAAUGGCACACUGUUUGUGUCUUUUUAGAGCUGCCACCUUGUUUUUGAUACCUGUCUCAUGUAACCUUAGCACUAACAAGUUGAUGUUUGUACAGUAGAUCUAUCAAUGAAAAGAUCAGCAGAAAAUAUUUCCUGUGAAAAAAAUGAAUACAAUCGGUGAUGAUAGUUGUUGGUAUAGGAAAAUCAGUGCAAGAACAAAAAUGUCCAAUUUCUGCCAACCUGUGGUCAGUUGCAAUGAUCAUGGUGUUUGGUCAGUAGCUGUACAAAUGCUUGAGCCACCGAACUGGUGGGUAGCAAGUGUGUGGACUUAAUUUAUUUAUUGUGGACAUGUCCAGAUAGGGCAUUAGUGGCAGUUGUCUUUGUCAUAAAUAUUCUCAGCCAGGGCGAUGCCAUUGAGACCCAGGUAGCUGUGACCAUGUAGUGCUGGCAUCAGGCUUGUAAAUGUUCAGGGGACUGUACAGAUUGAAGUAAAAUUUUAAAUGUGUCUCAA